GAGAGGGGUGCCAGGAACAGAACCAGGGACAUGUCCAGACCAUGCAGGGUAGAGAGGGAGGUGCCAGGAACAGCACUAGGGACAUGUCCAGACUACGCGGGGAAGAGACAGGUGCCAGGAACAGCACUAGGGACAUGUCCAGACCAUGCAGAGAAGAGAGGGGUGCCAGGAACAGAACCAGGGACAUGUCCAGACCAUGCAAGGAAGAGAGGGGGUGCCAGGAACAGCACUAGGGACAUGUCCAGACCAUGCAGGGAAGAGAGGGGUCCCAGGAACAGCACUAGGGACAUGUCCAGACCAUGCAGGGAAGAGAGGGUGCCAGGAACAGCACUAGGGACAUGUCCAGACCAUGCAGGGAAAAGAGGGGUCCCAGGAACAGCACUAAGGACAUGUCCAGACAAUGCAGGGAAAAGAGGGGUGCCAGGAAUAGCACUUGGGACAUGUCUACACCAUGCAGGGAGGAGAGGGGUGCCAGGAACAGCACUAGGGACAUGUCCAGACCAUGCAGGGAGGAGAGGGGUGCCAGGAAUAGCACUAGGGACAUGUCCAGGUCAUGCAGGGAGGAGAGGGGUGCCAGGAACAGAACCAGGGACAUGUCCAGACCACACAGGGAAGAGAGGGUGCCAGGAAAAGCACAAUGGACAUGUCCAGACCAUGCAGGGAGGAGAGGGUGCCAGGAACAGAACCAGGGACAUGUCCAGACCAUGCAGGGAAGAGAGGGUGCCAGGAACAGCACUAGGGACAUGUCCAGACCAUGCAGGGAGGAGAGGGGUGCCAGGAAUAGCACUAGGGACAUGUCCAGGUCAUGCAGGGAGGAGAGGGGUGCCAGGAACAGAACCAGGGACAUGUCCAGACCACACAGGGAAGAGAGGGGUGCCAGGAACAGAACCAGGGACAUGUCCAGACCAUGCAGGGAAGAGAGGGUGCCAGGAAUAGCACUAGGGACAUGUCCAGACCAUGCAGGGAGGAGAGGGUGCCAGGAACAGAACCAGGGACAUGUCCAGACCAUGCAGGGAAGAGAGGGUGCCAGGAAUAGCACUAGGGACAUGUCCAGGUCAUGCAGGGAAGAGAGGGUGCCAGGACCAGCACUAGGGACAUGUCCAGGUCAUGCAGGGAAGAGAGGGGUGCCAAGACCAGCACUAGGGACAUGUCCA